AUGCCUUCUCCCCCCUCCCCCUCCACAUCGACUCUUUACGCCCCGCCCGCACAGUCCUUUGCAUCCGCCGACACCUCUCCUCUUCCAACCCCCACGACACAAGACGACCCCGCGACAAGGCAUCACUGCCAGCACGGCCUUGCAAUCCUAUAUCGCAAAGCGCCGUUUGCACCGUUCAACCGUCCAACCGUCGCACCGUCACCCGUUACCAGUUACGAUCCUCGAGGUCCCCAGGAGCCCUACGGUCACAAAAUCCCCAUGUCGUCCCCAUCCAUGACUGACGAAGAGUUCGAGAGGGAAGUGCGCACGCUCAAAGACCUGAGACGACGGUCCGUAUCCUCUGCUGGACCUGGUGAACUUCCCGUCGACCCCGAUCUUCCUCCACGAGAUCAAGGCGAGGUGGGCAACGCUGCCCCGCUCGGGCCGCAGCCGUUCUCGUCCAACGACGAUGUGACGUUAACGGUGCCCGACGCCGGCGGCGACGCGAAUGGCCUUUUCUGGGUUCCAGCGCAUCUCCAUCCGGAACUGGCGCCCGGAGAGUUCCAUGCCUUCUUGAAGUCGCACACCCAUGCGAAUCCAACCGCCAUGGCUGCGGGCGAGUCUGGCGAGGCGUCGCUCGCACGGAGUCCGUCGUGGCUUGCUCGGAGCCGGACUCUCUCGAGCGGCGUCAAGAGGAAUAAGUCCAUGCUUUCCCGCCAGUACACGCCCCGCCACGGUGACAAGGUCGAGGAGGAAGUUCCUGUCGUCACCCGUCGCGGGUCUAACCCGUUCGGCGGGGAGCAGGGCCCGACCCUCCAAGAUCUCCAGAAGUUGGACGAGAUGGUGGGCGAAGUCGAGGACGACCCCGAACAGAUGCGUCAGAUCCUUCGACGUGGCCUUAGCAUGCGCCUCCAACCAGGCUUACCCGAGGAAACGGUUCAGUCUGGCCAGCCUGGCUAUGGCGAAUCUUCGACUGGAACUUCUUCUUCACCGCGGUCGAGCUCUAUCGUCCGACGAUCGGCGCGGACGAGGAUUCGCAAAGGUAGCAGCAUCGACGGUUCGAAGCGCUACUCUGUCCGCAAGAACCGUCCUAGCACCGCCGGAUCCGACUCGGUGUUCAGCGAUGAGGCAGACGGUAGGGUUAGCGAGGAGCGUCGCAGCGACGAGACAACGCAGGAGAGCGGAAGCUCUGAGACGCCAGAAGUGUUCCACGAGGCGAGGGAUGAGUAUCGCUACCAGCCUAAGCAGCAACAGCAGGCUUAUCACUCGCCGCCGCAGCCUCAGCACCCGCCGCCGCCCCCUCCGCGGGAAGAAGACGAGGAUCAGCUGCGACGACCGCACCAGCAGCCGCCGACCGUUUCUGUGUCAGGCAUCGACUUCAGCCAGGCUUCUGACGACGAAGCGAUGAUCUUUGACGCCUACACCCACGACCCUCACGAUCGCACGUCCUCCUCCACCUAUGGUUCAAUGUCUUCCGCCUACGACGAGCAGCCUAGCCGCUCGCCAAGCCCUGAGCCCCCACGAGUCGAAACGACCCCUCGUCACACCCCGAUUCUUACCCCUAUCGUUGCUCCCAAAGCCAGUGAUGCGCAAUGGUACGAGGACGACGAGCGCACUCCUACCCAGGAGUCCUCGAUGAGCGCUGCCAUGAAUGCGAUGAGGAUUAACGUUCCCCCAUCCAGGUCAUCAGAUAAUAUCUAUCAGCAAAGCGCUUCCGAGAAGCUGCAGCAACAGCAGCAGCACCAACAGCAGUACCAGCAAGCUGCGCCCCCGACCGGCCGCGUUCCGUCACCGCCCAGGCCUGCCGUGCCCGAGAAGCAUGAUCUCCCGUCUGGAGCAGCGCCUCCCCGAUCCCAGACGGCCCCGCCCGGCAUGUCGAUGCAGCAGCGAACAGGAGCGAUCCCCUCACCCAUCGCCCCCAUCGCACACGUGGAGCGUCCUCCUCUCACUCGCACCGAGUCCAACUCGUCGGCGGUGUCUGUCGGCUCGACCUCGACGCCUCCGUCUGUGAAGAAGGAGAAGAAGGGUUUGUUCGGCAAGAAGUCGAAGCACCACGACAAGCCGGAGAAGCCGAAGAAGGAGAAGGACCGAUUCCUUGGCUCGCUGUUUGGCAGCAAGAAGAAGCACGAGGAGGCGACUUCCGUGUCCAACUUUUCGACUGCUGGACCUGCGGCCGCCGCUGCGCUGCUCGGUACCUCCAAGUCGGCCAAGGCGUUCCACCAUCAGGGUUCUGGAACGUCGUCUCCGACGUCGCCUGGGUUCUCGAACUUUGCGCGUUACCCGAUCCACGUUGAGCGUGCUGUGUACCGCCUGUCGCACAUCAAGCUCGCAAACGCCCGACGACCGCUUAUCGAGCAGGUGCUCAUCUCCAACCUCAUGUUCUGGUACCUCGGCGUCAUUGGACGCACGACCCCGGCGGAGGAGAAGAAGCCCGGCACGACGAACGGUCUUGACCGCACCCGCGAUCAGAAUGCCAAUCAGCCGCAGCUGAAGGGCACGCCGAACAAGCCUGCCGACUCUGGCUCGGCCGGUGUCAAGCAGCCUGACCCUCCCCAGCAGCUGCAGCAGCACCGACGAGCAGGUCUGUCGAAGCCCGAGCGAAGCAGGACCAACAAUGCUGAGGCAGCAUAUCGCGCUCCUCAGUACGGGAUGCAGUCUCAAAUGGAGGAGAUGCAUCGGUCCCCGGCCAAGCAGCCGGUGAUGCAGCAACAGCAACAGCAGCCUCAGCAACACCAUCAUCAGCCUACCCAGCAUUUGUCUCAUCAUUCUCAACCCCAGCAGCAGCAGCAACAGCAGCAGCAACCCCAGCAGCAAGCACGCCCGCAACCUCCUCCCCAGCAACAGCAGCAGCAUCUUCCCCACCAUCAUCAACAGCAGCAACAACAGCAGCAGCAGCUUCAUCAGCAACAGCAAUAUCACCAACCGCAGGCUGCUUCCCCCCAGGCCCAGCCCCAGCCUCGCACGUCGUCGAUGCCCGGUCGUUCGCGUUCGCCGCCCACGAGCCAGCCGCAGCAGCGUCCCGAGUACCCUCCUGGAGUUGCGCCCCCUCGUGUGCCCCAGGGCGGCCAGUACAGCCACUCGCCGAACCACUCGCAGUCGUCGCAGCACGGCCAGCACAUGGGUCAGCCCGGUCGUGCGCCGGUGCAGCCAGACGGUCGUCAGCGUGUGCCCUCGGGCGGUGGCGGUUCGCAGCCGCCCCAGCAACACCCGGGCGCGCGUAACAGCACGAUCGGACCUCGCCCUGGGCAGGGCUACCCGCAGCCGAACGGACGAGCAUCGGACAACCCGAACCGGCCGAUCUACCCGAACCAGCACGCCGGAACGAAGCCGGGCCAGAUCUUCCAGUACCCUGGCAUGGUCGCGGCCCAGCAGCAGUACCAGCAGCAGCAGCGGCCUCCGGGAGCGGGACAGGCGUAUCCUCAGCAGGGCGGCGGGCCGAUGUACCACCAGCAGCAGCGACCGAUGCAGCACCAGGGACCGCCGCAGGGAUGGGAGAACCAGCGUCUGCCUGGUCAUCAGCCGCAGCCCGGCCGGUCGGCCGCGAGCCCGCCGCCAAUGGCGCAGACGCCGCCUCGCGGCUCGUCAAGCAACCGGCAACCGGCGGACCCGUACGGCCGCCCGUACCGCGAGGGGCAGACUUCGCCGACGCACCAGACGUUCUACUCGGCACAGCGCCCGCCCACGAUGCAGCAGGGGCAGCCCUACCCGUACGCAAACGGGCAGCCGCGACCCCAAGCAGUGGGCUCUGGUCAAUAUCCUCAUCAUCGCUGA